AUGAGUGAUAUAAUAGUUAAAAGAAGAGAAUAAUUUAGAACAGAAAUUCCAAGAAGAGAUUUGAAAAGUGCAAUUUAAUUCAUGGAUCUAAAUGAAUGCAACAAUUUAAUCGAUUUUGAACUUAAAUACAAAGAUCAAAUUGAGAAUCAGAUUUAGCUUAUUCUUCAAAAUCCAGACAACUAAAACUUAGAAAAACUCAUAUAAUUGGUAUAGCAAUUAAGUGCAAAAUACAGUGUCUACAUUAUAGAUCAUGAUAUUUACAAAACACUGAAACACAAUGACUUUAGACCUUAAUUUGUGUUUUGA